AUGGACUCCCUGGCGCUUAAGCUGGAGGAGCCUUUCAAGGGUCCAAACUUGAAUGUUACCCUCAUGUGUCCCGACUGCAAGACGUUCCCACCUAAUCUUAUUGAGAGAUUCAGUGAGGGUGAUAUAGUCUGCGGUGAUUGCGGAUUUGUCCUUAGCGACCGUGUUGUGGACACUAGGUCUGAAUGGAGAACAUUCAGUAACGACGAUCAAAACGGAGACGAUCCGAGCCGUGUGGGUGACGCCGGAAAUCCUCUUUUGGACACAGAGAAUCUCUCCACGAUGAUUUCGUACGUACCUGAAAACGUCAAGACCGGACGUGAUUUGAAUAGAGCUCAAGCGAAGUCGUUGGUGGAUAAGAAGGACAACGCUUUGUUGGCUGCCUUCACCAAGAUUUCGCAGAUGUGUGAUGCCAUCCAGCUACCGAAAAGUGUCGUUGACAUAGCCAAAGAAGUGUACAAGCUUGUCUAUGAGGAACGCCAGCUUAAGGGAAAGUCACAGGAAUCUAUCAUGGCUGCAGCCAUUUACUUGGGCUGCAAGAUGGCCAAAUUAUCAAGAUCACUCAAAGAGAUUUGGGCUCUCACGAAUGUGCCCAUAAAGACGACAGAGUCCAUCGCACGUAAAUGUUCCGAAGAGGGCAUCUUGGCAGGUAGAUCGCCCAUCACUGUUGCCGCAACCGUGAUUUAUUUUGCUUGUUUGCUUUUCGAUGCCCAGGUUACUCCUGCAAAGAUCGGCAGCAAGACAGGUGUCAGUGACGGUACCAUAAAAACUGCAUUCAAGGUUGCGUGCAAGGAUAAGGAUAAGUUGGUGGAUCCCAAAUGGAUCGAGAGUGGUAAGGCAAAGCUUGAUAAUUUGCCGCAGAGCUAG